AUGAAAGGACAGUACUAUUAAACCAAAAGGAAAAUCAACACAUCAAGCUAGCUUCUCCGAUCAAAUUAAUUACUAUCACUUGCAGAAACUAAUGAUUAGAUAUAAAAAAAUAAAACUGACUCUUAAUUAUCAAACUCUCACAAAAAAAUAUCAAGAUCGAUAAAUAAUCUUCCGAAGAAAGACCCAACCUUAGACUUAGCCUUUAUGACAGUGACAAAACCAGAUUCAAGGUAUGAUUUUAGCAAGUUUCCUAAUUUGGAAAAAAAAACAGAUGUUUAAAGAGUGAAUUGGUUUACUAAAUAAAACAAAUAGAUAGAAUAAUAAUAAAAUUUCUUAGAAUUCUUAAAUGCUAUAAAAACACAAUCAACUAAAAAUUAGAUUAAGCCUAAGGUUAUUGUUGAACAUAGCAAAAUCGAUGAUAAAAAUGAAUUAAAUUAUUGUGACAAGUAUUUUGUUAUUAAAACCCCAAUCAAACCCAUUUUAAUUAAGCAUAAAAAUACUAGUAAAUGUAAUCAUAUUUAUUUAGAAAAGAACUAAUAAGUAUGAGUUCAACUAUGAGUAGAAUUAAGAAAAAAGCUCAAAAUAGAAACAUGAAUUUAGAAUGUACUAUAAAAUUUAAAUUAAAUAGAAUUUAUUGAAAAAAAUAAUGAAUUAAGAAGACAUUGUUAAACCUAAUAAGAACAUCAGUACACCCAAAAUUCUAUUUUGGAAUAAUUACAAAUUAAAAACAUUCAACAUAUUAAUUUAUAUUCCUCUGUCAAAAGAGGAGUAAAGAAUAACAUUUUGCAUAAUCAAUAUAAAAGUGAGAUUAAAGACCUAAUUGAGUUAGAUGAGGAAUUGACUUCUUAAGAUUACGAAAUUAUGAAAGAAUUGUAAAAGAAAUCCAUUUUUUAAAACCCAUUCUCUCCCCCACAUCAAAAUGAAAUUAAUCAGUUUAAUUCGUAGUCUAUUGAUGAAAAUACAAAAGUCAUCGAAAAAAAUGAAGAUGAAUCAUUAUAGAUCAUUUAAAAAAGAAGAAAUAAAAUUAAAAGAGUAUUGUUGUAAAUCACUUUAUUUUUACAUUGGAUGAUGGAACAUAAACUAAAAUAUGAAGAUAUUAUUACUGGAAAUGUAUUUUAAACUAAACCUUACUAAAGUGAAAAGUCUAAGUUAUGUUUUCAAAAAGUAAAAGCAAAUGAUAUUGAAGUUGUCAAUUCAUUUAUAAGACAAAAUAAAUUUCUAGUUUUUGAUUAUGAUAAUUUUAAAUUAACAAUGCUUCAUCAUGCAGUUAUUAGAGAUUAUCCUGAAAUGGCAAUCUUAAUUUUAUAAAAUUAUGCUGAAGUCAAUAGUAAAGAUAUUGUAAUAUUUCCAUUUAUAUUGUAGUAAGGCAGAACUCCAUUAUUUUAUGCAAUCAAGGGAAAAUGCAAUUAAUGUGUUUGCAUCUUAUUAUAUUUCAAAGCAUCUCCCUGGGGAAAUGCAAAAAAUACCUAUGAUCAGUAUUUAGAAUUCUUAGAACCAAAAGUUAGAGACUUAUACAAAAAAGCAAAAACAGUAAGAAUAUAAAUAUUGUAGAUUCAUCUUCGUUUGCAAAUCCUUAAGGCAUCCAAAAGAGAGCAUUAUUGGUCAUAAUAAAAAUUAAUAUUUACAUAUAAAUGAUUAUUCUAAUUUUAUUUUUGAUUGCAUUCUCAUAUGGUCAUAACUGGAAUUAAAAUACUAAAGUUAAAUUAUUGGAUAAUGAAGAGCAGUAUGAUUUAUUAAGUAAGAAUCAAAACAAAAACGAUAGAUAAGGAUGAAGCAAUAUUUAUUAUGUUUUAUGCUCCAUGGUGUCCUCAUUGUAUUAAAUUGAUUCCUACAUGGGAAAUACUUGCCUAAUAAAACAAUGCAGCAGCUGUAAAUUGCGACCAAAAUUCACGACUUUGUUCCAGAUUCAAAAUCAAAGGAUUUCCCUCUUUGAUUUACAUUCCCCCACAAUCUAAAUUAGGAUAUAAAUUUUAUGGUUUAUUUUUUUAUUUAUUUUAAAUAGGCAAUAGAAUUAAUGAUGAACUUGACCUCUUUAUUAAAGGAGGGUGGCAAAAGGAGAACAUUUAGCAAAUUGAAAUUUCAUAAGAAUAUAGUUUAGUUGAUGAAUUGAUAGAUUACCUUAAAGACCCUAUGUUGCUUGUAUUUCAAUUAUUAAAUUAAGGGAGUCAUAGUAGUGAUGCUAUUUUUAACAUUUAUGAUAUAUUGCAUGAAUAAAUUGGAUUCAGAAAGAGAGGAGGAAGCAAAAAAAUAGGAAAAAAAAGCAGAUUGA